GGGCGGAGCCGGCGCUGUCCGCCGGCGCUUCCCGACAUGGCGGAGUAUUCCUGCGUUAAAUCCACUAAGCUCGUCCUUAAAGGGUCGAAAGAGAAGAGCAAGAAAAAGCACAAGGAGAAGAAAAGGAAAAGGGAGGAGGAUGCAGCAGAGCAGCUUGAUAUUGUUGGAAAUUGGUGGGCUAUCAGUAAUUUUGGUGAAAUUACAGGAACUAUAGCUAUAGAAAUGGAUAAAGGAGCUUACAUCCACGCCCUUGACAAUGGCUUGUUUACACUUGGAGCACCACAUAAAGAUGACGAAGGCCCUAGUCCUCCUGAGCAGUUUACAGCAGUAAAGUUGUCUGAUACAAGGAUUGCUCUGAAAUCUGGUUAUGGCAAAUAUCUUGGUAUAAAUUCAGAUGGACUCGUUGUUGGACGUUCCGAUGCAAUAGGAUCAAGAGAGCAAUGGGAACCUGUCUUCCAAGAUAAGAAAAUGGCAUUACUAGCAGCAAAUAGCCGUUUUAUUAGAUGUAAUGAAGAGGGAGAUAUAGAAGCCAAAAGCAAAACUGCAGGGGAAGAAGAAAUGAUAAAGAUUCGUACUUGUGCUGAAAGAGAAGCUAAGAAGAAAGAUGAAGUUCCACAAGAAGACAAAGGAAACGUUAAACAGUGUGAAAUCAAUUAUGUAAAGAAAUUCCAAAGUUUUCAAGACAAAAAACUUAAAAUAAGCAAAGAAGAUACAAAAGCUCUUAGAAAAGCCAGGAAAGAAGGCACUUUUCAUGAAAUGCUGCUUGACAGGAGAGCAAAAGUGAAAGCGGAUAGAUACUGCAAGUGACAUCCAGCUGGUCCAUUUUCUUCUGCAUCUUUGACAGGGUCAAAUUGAAAACAAGAGUAAAAUAUUUUAUAAUUUUUUUAUUUAAGUAAUUGUUAAGUAUCUUCAGAAUUGUAUUAAAAUUUUCUCACAUAUUGAUAACCCAGUUAUAAAAUCUUAUUAACUGUAUCACUUGUGCAUAUUUGACUUGUAUUAAGGGAAUGACUUCAAGAAAAAUUAAAGGUAUAUCAAUUACCAAUGGCAAACUGUUUGCCAUAUACCUUAAGCCCUGGGAGACAGACUACACUGAUUUAGUCCAGAGAGAAAGUUCCCUGGCUUUUAGUGAUCUUGCCCUCAAAUAAAAAUCAACACCUCAUUAAUGGGUGAGCCAUGUAGGCAUAGCUUUUUACCAAUAGCAGAAAGGGUCAAGUACAUGAACUGAUUGUAUAUGUAGCUUAGGGGCUUUUCAGUUGCUGUGUGUGUCCGUAUGCUCUGUGACUUAAUGUAAAGAAGAGGGCUAUGUUGUCUUUUCCACACUGUGUAAAGGCCAUAUUUUGAGUUCCUGUACUGUUGGUAAAGAUACACUGCACAUGCUCAGGGUCUGACAGAGGUGUGAGUGCUGAAUUUAUGGGGAGAAGGCUAAGAGCUAGAAAUAAAUAGAUGAUUGUUGGCAAAUGUUCCUGGCCAGUCUGAGGAAUUCUUGGAUGAAAAUGCAGCAUAGCUGUGAGCUGUUCUAUCAGAGAAAAAAAAAAAAAACAAAACCAUAAUUAAUUUUUCUCCAGAGCUCCUUAGUUUGGCUUAGGACUGGGGAUUAGGGCUCAUUAACUAGUUCUUGUUGUAGGUACCACGCUACAUGUCCCUCCCCAGAAAUGUAAGUAACCUGAUGUACAACCAUUACAACAUCAUGGACGUGGAAGUGGCCUAGUGCCAAAACUACUCCCAGAAACACUGAGCAAGAGGCAGCACUGCAAGGAGCAGGCUGCAGGCCAGAAUGACCUUAUUGGACAGUUCAUUGCAGGUGUCAUUGAUCCACAGUCACUGUGAAUCUUAAAUACAUCUGAAGUGAAUGUUGAUGGUUGAAGUAGAUUGAUAUUACAGCAUCUGUUUUUCUUUCAAGAAUCUACUGUUUGAAUAAAAACUUGUCUGGUAGAACUCAGAAAGAUGAUUACUUCAAAUGUGGAUGCAUCUGGAAGCAGAAAUCUAUGCUGGUGAGAAGAAUUCUGAAAGGAGUACUCAGCAGCUGAAUAAGAGCCUGAGGAUUACCCCUGUAAAUGGAAAAUUCCCUUCAUUUUAGUGUAAAUAGGAGAUGCAAGGUGCAGGUGCUCUAAGUGCUAGUAAAGAAGAAACAGAACUGAGAGGCAUCUUUGUUAUAGGGCUAGGAAUAAGUGAAGCAAAAAGAAAUGGCAGAGCAAAUGAAAUGAGACUGCCUCAAGUAGAGGAGGAAGUACUAGAAUUGGCGAGGGACUGGCAGCCUUGCAGGGAAUAAGGAUAUUAUAGUAGCAAUGGGGUUGCCUUCUGUGUUGGGACUAAUGAUAUACUAGAUUCUAGCUAAAACAUGUUCUGAGAUACACAGAAACAGUGAUAUGGGAAAUUCACUGGAAAUCUGAUCCCAGGAAAAUGAAAUCAAAGGUAUGACACAACAGUGAAGAUCCGUAUAUUUAACUGAUGCUAUAUCCCAUUGGGAUAUUUUCCCAUUGGAGAUAUUCAUGGAGUCAUCUUGGAGAUGUGUCCUGGCAGUACUGUUAGCACAAGGAGCUUUAAUUUAACUAAAACAGAAAAGGGGAAGUAAUUUGUGCAGCCUCUGCUUCUGGAGGAAGGAAGAGAUCUGGAGAGUGGUAAUACAGUACUGGAUAGGUGAGUAUGAGAAAGCAGAAGGUGGACAUAAAUUCUAGGUAUGAGUGACACCAGGUGUCUUAGUACAGUUAGCGAGUUAACUGCAUAUCUUAAGAAGCUUUUUUCUUCUGACUUAGACUUUUGAAAACAGCCAGAAGAAACCUAGGCAACAAAAUCGAGGGCCUAAAGUUUUGGAGUGGACCCUGGAGACAAGACAUUCUGAUAGGAAUACAGCAGAAUAUCCAUAGUCAGAGAAACAUGGCUACUGAAGAUGCUGACUAUUUCUUAAACUGAGAGUUUCUUUAGCAGUGGAAGAACUAAACCAGAAGCACAAAGAGGCUUCAAAAUGUACUAAAGAUGAUAAAGCAUCUAGACAAAGGUAGUAAAAUCCCUAAAAGCUGUCUACUCCAGAAGUAAAAGAUGAGCAAAAGGGGCUGCAGAUGUUUAGAAAAUAACAGGACCAACUUAAUCACACUUUUUCUACCAUAGUCCAUAAUAGUAUAUUCAGAUAUCUGCAAGUAAAUACAGGAUUUUUGUCUUAUAUGUACUUGUUUUCAACUGAAAAUAUUUUCCAGAUCCUAUAGAAACUGCCUGAUUUCCUAUUUUUGAAAGAGCACUCCUGUGAAAAUCUCAAGGUUUAUCCUGUUAUGCUGUAAUUUUCCUUGUUUUCUAAAUCCACAGAUUGGUUCUCUAUCUUCUUUUACCAGUGCUUAAUGCUUUUCUGCUUUGGUCUCUAAAGCUCUGUGCAAUUUCCCAGCUUAUGCUCUGAGCUGGCUCCUUCCUACCCACUUGCAUUCCCUCCCUUCACCCAAGGCUUUCCCACAUUACAUUUAUUUUAUCCUUCCUGUUUCUUAAUUUCUGCAGUUCCUUGCAGCUUUCCAAACAACCUUCUGCCAAGGACUUCCCUUCUUUUUCUUGACACCCCCCGUUUGUUUUGUAAGACAGUUAAUUGCACAGGCAAUUAAGUCAUGAUAUUAAAGACUGUAUCACUUUUCUUCUGUGUGUGCCUAAGAACACAUGACACAUCUUGGUCACUACAUAAAGCACAUGACACAAGCUAAAACACAAGGCAUCCCAGAAGGUUUUGAGUAUUUUGUCAUAGUGCUUCCCACAACUGUUGCUAACGUAUAUGAUCAUUAAAUGUUUAUUUGCUCACACUAAAA